GGGGCCGCCCUCCUGGGCCAGCCAAUCCGCACGUGACUCGCCGGGCAGGAGAGUCAAGAUGGCGGCGAACGUGGUCCGGCGGGGCGGUUGGGGCUCCGUCCGGAGGUUUGGACUGGUGGCCUAUCGGAAGUACAGCAGUGGGGGUGGCUACCCGAACAUCCCCCUGACCACGCCUCUGCCUGGACUACCAAAACCUGUAUUUGCAACUGUGGAUGGCCAGGAGGGGUUUGAAACCAGAGUGACCACCCUCGAGAACGGACUACAAGUGGCUUCUCAGAACAAAUUUGGACAGUUUUGUACCGUGGGGAUCCUUAUAAAUUCAGGAUCGAGAUAUGAAGCCAAGUAUAUCGGUGGCGUUUCGCACUUUCUAGAAAAGCUGGCUUUUUCUUCCACGGCUCGGUUUAGCAACAAGGACGAGAUCCUCCUCACGCUGGAGAAACAUGGCGGCAUCUGCGACUGCCAGGCGUCGAGGGAUACCACGAUGUAUGCCGUUUCUGCGGAUGCCCGGGGCUUGGACACCGUGGUCAGUUUGCUGGCUGAUGUGGUGCUACAACCUCAGUUGUCAGAUGAGGAGAUCGAGAGAACCCGGAUGGCCAUCCGCUUUGAGCUGGAGGACCUGAACAUGAGGCCGGAUCCGGAGCCGUUGCUCACAGAGAUGAUUCACGCGGCUGCUUACAGAGAAAACACCGUGGGUUUGAACAGGUUCUGCCCGGCGGAGAACGUAGACAAAAUAGACCGGAAAGUCCUGCAUUCGUACCUGAGGAAUUACUACACGCCCAGCCGGAUGGUGUUGGCCGGGGUGGGCAUGGAGCACGAGCACCUCGUAGAGUGUGCCAGGAAGUAUCUCCUCGGAGUAGAGCCGGUCUGGGGAAGCGGGAAGGCCACCGAGGUCGACCGGUCGAUCGCCCAGUACACGGGAGGAAUCCUCAAGCUCGAAAAAGACAUGUCCGAUGUGAGCUUGGGACCCACCCCGAUUCCCGAGUUGACCCACAUCAUGAUUGGGCUGGAGAGCUGCUCCUUUCUGGAGGAAGACUUCAUUCCUUUCGCCGUUCUCAACAUGAUGAUGGGCGGAGGUGGGUCGUUUUCCGCCGGCGGCCCCGGGAAAGGCAUGUUCACCCGGCUGUAUCUCAACGUGCUCAACCGACACCACUGGAUGUACAACGCGACCUCCUACCACCACAGCUACGAGGACACGGGCCUCCUCUGCAUCCACGCCAGCGCAGACCCACGACAGGUUCGAGACAUGGUAGAAAUCAUUACUCGGGAAUUCGUUUUAAUGGCGGGAGCCGUUGGAGAGGUGGAGCUGGAGCGAGCCAAAACCCAGCUGAAGUCCAUGCUCAUGAUGAACUUGGAGUCUCGGCCGGUCAUUUUCGAGGACGUCGGGAGGCAAGUGCUGGCCACCGGCACACGGAAACUACCUCAUGAGCUGUGUGUCCUGAUUGGCAAAGUGAGCGCCGCGGACAUCCGGAGGGUGGUGACCAAGAUGCUGAGGAACAAGCCGGCCGUCGCCGCCUUGGGGGACUUGAGGGAGCUGCCCAGUUACGAGCACAUGCAGGCGGCCCUGGCCAGUAAGGAUGGGCGGCUGCCCAGGAUGUACCGGCUUUUCCGUUAAGAGUCCCCGCAACGAGGCCUCGGGUUUUCUCCUGCUGAAGACGGUUGUCCUCCUGUGGGGAAAAACAGGGUGUGCAAAGUGGUCGCCUCCGUUCAUGCUGCAGACAUUUCCUCCGGGCCUCCGAGGGACCCACCUGGCAUGCUUACUUGAGUACGUGCAGCUUUAGGCGGUGGAAGGGGGGGGAACAUGCUUUCUGUAAGAGGCUGUGCGGGUGUCGUAACAGAACACAUGGCACUGCAAACAGAGACGGCCUUGGUUUUGCCCGCACGGAGAAAACCCGCCUGCUGUUUUCCAACCUAAGUUUCUUGUUGUGUUGAUUUGUCUUUGUGUUGGACGACCCGCGAUCAGGUGCGGAACGUGGGCUGCAGUCCAAGGUAGGGAACACCAUAAAUAAAGAGCUGAUGGUUCAGAUUC